AUAAAUUCAUUAUGGCCGCCGUAUACGUAAAUACUAAAUAUUGUUUUCUAGGUUAAGUUUGUCGAAUCCGUCGAAUGUCGACAAUCGUUCAAGAAACGACUUUUUUGGAUUAUAUUAUAUAUAAAAUAAAAUAUUAAAUAUUAAUAAUAACAAAAAUAGUGAAUUGAAUUAUAUUUAUAUAAUGGAAAGGCACAGGCAGAAAAGUGAUUACGAAUGCUCUCGAUCGAAAGACAGACGGGAAAGUCGUGAUAAAUAUAAACACAAAAGAGAUUAUGAUGAUUACGAUUCAAAACGAGAUAAACAUUCCAGUUCUACACACAAAUCGGAAAAAUCGAAUAAUAAAAAGAAGAAAAACAAACAAAAGGAAAGGUCUAGAAGUCGUGAUAAGUCUUCCAGACAUAAAAGUAAAAGAUCUCCAUCUUCCUCUUCGACUGAUUCUUCAGAUUCAUCGUCAUCCGGCUCGUCUUCAAAUUCAACGAAACUUUUGGAAAAAUUACAAAAGCAACGACAAGUAAUGGUCGAGGAACGCAAACGACAGAAGGAAAUAAUGAAAGCCACAGAAACUCCCGAGGAGAAAAGAUUGCGUCGAUUAAAAAAGAAGGAGGCGAAGGAACGAAAACGAAAAGAAAGAAUGGGCUGGGACAAUGAUUAUUUACAUUAUACAAAUACUGAUAAUCCAUUUGGAGAUGGAAAUUUAUUGACAACAUUCGUGUGGAAUAAGAAAUUGGAGAAGGAAGGUUUAUUGGGCGUUAGUCGUGAACAAUUGGAAAUAAGAAAUAGACAUAAACAAGAGGAGAACAAGAGGGAAUUGGAGAAAGUGAAGAAAAGGCGAAUGGAACGUGAAUUGGAGAGACAACAGAGAGAGGCGGAAAUGGCAUUGUUGCAGCGUGGAAAAGAGGCGGCACAACUUGAACAAUGGGCACGGCAGGAGGAUCAAUUUCAUUUGGAACAGGCGAGAUUAAGAUCGCGGAUACGUAUUCAAGACGGUCGAGCAAAGCCAAUUGAUCUCUUGGCUAAAUAUAUUAGUGCCGAGGAAGAAGUCGAUGCUGUUGAAAUGCACGAGCCUUACACUUAUCUACGUGGUUUAAAUGUCAAGGAUUUGGAGGAUCUCAUUGAGGAUAUUAAAGUCUAUAAGGAACUCGAGAGGGGAAAAAAUUUAGAUUACUGGAAUGAUAUUACUGUGAUUGUCGAUGAUGAACUUAUAAAAUUGAGAAAAUUGGAAGGCUCAGAAUACGAACUUGCUGUUGGCCGAAGAGAAGGAAUUCACGAGUCGGUUGCAAAGGAUGUAACUGCUAUUUUCAAGGGAAAAACAGCAUCUCAACUUGAUGCUUUAAAAUUGCAAAUCGAAACAAAAAUUAGUGGCAAACCCGAAGGAGUAGACAUUGGCUAUUGGGAAAGCUUACUCUCUCAAUUGAAAGCUCAUAUGGCUAGAGCCCGUUUACGAGACAGACAUCAGGAAAAUUUGCGAAAGAAACUAGAGGUCUUGAUAGCCGAGCAGGGAGUAACGAAAACCGAAGGUGAAGCUGAAGUUUCACAAGAGUCCAGCGAAGUUUCUGUAAAAGAUGAACCUUCAUCAAGUUCAGCUCAUACGGAGAAAAAUGACGACAGUCAAUCAGAUAAAGAGCAAGAGUCCGAAAAUGCGAAUGUUGGGGAUGAUAUGAUAACGGAAUCAUUCAGCGAAUACGAAUCGGGUGGAUAUUCACCGAAAUAUAUAGCACAAUCGCAACUAGAACCAGGAACAAUUGUCACACUCGAGGAGGAUGAUAAUCAACGAUUGGAGUAUGCAAGAAAUAUGGUUCUAAAUACGGGUCGUAAAGUGCAAAAUGUUAUGACAGCCGAGGAGCAGGCAAUGCUGAAGGAGGCGAGAAAAAAUAUGGGCGACGAUGAGGCACAAUUUAGCGUUGAAUCAUCAUUGGAGGCACAAGUUUAUCUUUGGUCCGAUAAAUAUCGACCGAGAAAACCACGUUACUUCAAUAGAGUUCAUACUGGUUUUGAAUGGAAUAAAUACAAUCAAACCCAUUACGAUAUGGAUAAUCCACCACCGAAAAUUGUCCAGGGUUAUAAAUUUAAUAUUUUUUAUCCGGAUUUAAUCGAUAAAAGCACCACGCCGGAAUACUUUUUGAAAAUUGCAGUAAAACAAAAUGUGAUUGAGAGGCCAAAGACGGCGAAUCUGGAGAAACCGAGUAUUUUAAAUCCCGAUUUAAUGGAUAAAUUGGACAUGUCAUUAUUGAGCAAGGAUUCGUUGAGUCGGAUUCGAAUAGGGGGUCAAUUAGGUGGGGGUGUGUCCUCGACCUCGUCCUCAUCGAGGCGAAGACAGCGAGCAUCCAUCGAUACGGAACUGCCUCGACACACCCGGACAAGCUUCACUAAGUGCACUACGCGGAAGAAACGUCCAAUUUCACGAUCCUCGACUGAAAAUUUUUUUCGAGUCGAUUUAUCGCCCCUCGAACUUUCUUCUAUGCAUCUUCAUCAUAACUACAAAUCGGGUGACGGAAGAUCUGAUCGCAAAUUGGACAACAAUAAUAACGGAAGUGGAAUUUCCUCGAGAAUAACAAAUCUAUCGCAACCCUCACGAAAAUCAGUGGAUGAAAAUAUUUCCUCGGAUGUCGAACUAUUCACCGGAUUCAUUAAGGGAACACCAGAGCCUUGUACAACUUGUGGACAUACCAAUCAACCUGAACGAUUGCACAGUCAUCCGAAAGUUCCAAUUCUCAAAAAUAAAUUGGGAAAUAGCAAUUUUAAUAGUAUUUCGACUGUAAAGAAAAGUAUUCAAAAACCAGUUGCACUGAAUUUUCGUAGUGAUAAGAGUAAGGAUAAAAUGAAGGGUCAAGUGGAGACAAAAAAAACGAAAAGUGUAAAGAGUAAAACACCGAGUCCAAUAUCGACAAAGUCUGGCGUUGGUAAUUCAACUAAAACUAGAGAUAACGACACAUCUUCAAAAACUCCGAAAACACUUAUUUGUUAUAUUUGUAAUCGGGAUUAUGGAACAGCCAGUUUUCCCAUUCACGAGCCCAAAUGUCUUGAAAAGUGGGAUCGAGAAAACAAAGCUCUUCCACCUUCUCAAAGACGACCAGUUCCUCAAAGACCAAACGUGCCAAUUGAUCAUCAGGAUUGGAAUUUGAAAGUAUUGGAAAAAUGUCAAAAUAAUGAAAACGAGAAUCCAGAUACGAAGCCAAAAUUAAAUCGCAUUCGUUCUGGCCCACCAACGGUUGUUUGUGAAAUUUGCGGUCGUAAUUUUGGAACGAGAAGUAUAAAAAUUCACGUGCCACAAUGUUUGAAAAAAUGGCAAUUCGAAAAUGGAAAACUACCCUCCAAUCAAAAAGGAAAUUCUGCAUUGCGAAAAAACUUGGGAUCAAGAUCCGAAGAGACAGUUCAACGACGAAAAUCUUCAGCUGAAUCCGUCUCGAAGAAAACAUUCACGUGUUACUUAUGUGACAGGAAUUUCGGUUCAGCGAGUAUUAGUAUUCAUGAAACUCAAUGUCUAAAAAAAUGGCACAUUGAAAACAACAAAUUACCUGCACAGAAGCGAAAGAAAGAACCACAGAAACCUGUAAAUACAAUGAGUGAAACAUCUUCUCAAAAAUCGGCACCAAGCGCAUCAGAAAUGGCAGAUUUGAGCUGGAAACAACAUCUGGACAAAUUGGUUCCCUGUAAACAAUGCAAAAGGACAUUUAAUCCCGAAAGAGUUACUAUACACGAACGAAGUUGUAAAGGAACUUGAUAAAAUUUUUUAUUUUUUUUCCUAGAACUUAAACAAAACAAAAAAUUGGAAAACAUUACAUGCUCUACUAUUUUUCGUCGUAUUCUGACAAAUAAUUAAUUUACAAUAUUUACGCAUAAUAACUAUAUUAGUUUAGGUUUAAUUGUGUUAUGCACUUUCCGUAUUUAAUAAUAAGAAAAAAAAAUGUUUUCAGUGAAACCAUAAAAGCAGUGAAUCAUAUAUAAAUUAUCUUUCUCAAAUAUUAAAAUAACGAGAAUUUAAUACUUUUCGAAUGUGUUGUAUAAAUUUUGUACAAAGACAGUAAAAUUCAAAUUACUUU